AUGCCCAGAGUCAAGCCGGAGAACCGCAAGCGAGCCAAACGACCAAAGACUAGAAGUGGUUGCCGCACAUGCAAGAUCAGACGUGUCAAGUGUGACGAGACGAAACCCAGCUGUCACCGCUGCACGUCUACCGGAAGGACAUGUGACGGUUACGAAGCUGUUCCGGGAGAGUUCCCUAUGAUCUUAUGGCCGUCUAGCAUCUUUUCGUCUCUCAAAGAGCACAGAUCGUUCUUCUUUUACUUGGAGAAGACUGCACGACAGGUUUCGGGCUUCGAUGAGAACGACUUCUGGAACCGGGUUAUCCUGCAAGCAGCCCACGAAGAUGCCGCCACUCGCGCUGCAGUAGUCGCACUCGGAUCUUUCCACGAGGACUAUGUCAGGACGGGCGAAGCGGAAAGGACGCAGGAUGACUUUGCAUUGCAGCAGUACAACCUCGCGAUCCGCCAGCACCUUGCACAUCUCAAAGCUUACUCUGAAGACCCCGAUCAAGUCGAUCGGUAUCUGGCGUCUUGCAUGAUCUUCAUCUGCAUCGAGCUCAUACAAUGCCACUACGUGUCUGCUCUCUCCUUGAUCCGAGGAGCCGUGAAGCUGUUCUACGAGCAGUGCAGACGCACCAAAUCCGCUUGGCCCAUCGAGACGUUCGAGCUUCUGCUCAGUCGCUUACAAGCCCAAGCCGUAGGGUUGCUCUCGCCAUCUGCGGUCCCUAACACCAUCCCGCCUCAAUACAAGAGAAUCGGCGAAUUUGAGAUGCCAAAGAGGUUCACCACUGUCUCUGAGGCGAAACAGCACCUGGAGUUCUACAGUCACUCUCAAAUUCUGUCCUCUGACGCCCUCGAAGAGCCCUAUUACGGUCGUGCACUCACUCCGAGCCAGUGCCUGGAGCUACUGGACCGAUGGACGUUAGCAUUCGACGCCAUGGUUGCUUAUCACGGGGAGAACAUGACAGAUCACGACAGGCGUGCAGCAAACGUCUUGCUGAUCUGGAAGUUGAUGUUGGCAGUCGGCGUGGACGUUAGGGCGCAUCAUCUCGGCAAGCUAGAAGAUCCAAUGGUCUACGACUUGUACGAGAUUACCUUUCGGGAGGUGCUUGAGCUUGUGGAGAAGGUGUUGGUGGAGGCUGGAGACGACGGAGGCGGUCACGCCGUAGCCUCGCACCGCUUUACGCUGGAUUUCGGCAUCGUUGGACCACUCUACGACAUCACCCGCAUCUGCCGCGACCCCUUCGUUCGUCGCCGAGCCAUCCACCUCCUCCGUGCCUACCCCCGACGUGAAGGUCUCUGGGACGGUCUUCUGGCGGCCGCGAGCGGAGAGCGUCAGAUGGAGCUGGAGGAGACUGCGGUAUCCGAGGUCCGCAACUCUGCUGACGUUCCUGCAUGGGCGAGGAUCAUGUCCGCUCUACCUAGCUUUCAGUUUGGAGAAAGGUGGGCGAUCGUGGAGUACAUCCGUCAGCAGCCCGAAGAUGGGUCUGAGGCCGAGCGGUUUCUUGAGAGGUUGGAAUGGUGA